CACGGACUACUAGAAUUUUAUGGGGAAAAAAAUUGCGAGAAUUCCAAUUGACAGUCGACAGCGAGACGAAGUGGGAAUAAUGCAGAAAGUUGAUAUUUCUCCUGGAAUUUCAUCAAAAAUCUAGCUCUAAUCUCUUAUGGACACAUAAAAGCUUGAGAGCUGAAGAAGACGGAAUUCACAAAAGAGAGUUAUGUGACGGAGAAAAGUGUUCCAAAAGUGCCUUUUUUUUGUUAUAUUUUGCAAACAUUAUUUUCUUAAAAGUGCGAGAGACUUUUUUUGUUUUGAUAAAUAAGAAUUUUUACACAGUGGGUGGAAUAAAAACAAUCCAAUGAGUGCCUUGUAGAAUGUCUUCCAAUCCAAUUGGACUGAGAUUUUCGCCAUUCGCAUCGUCAAUAGGAGCAUCGAGUGUGGGAGGAAGUGGGGGAAAAAGUAUGCAAAGUGGACAGACAAGAGGAAGACAGUUGCAGAGCACCAAAGCCACAAAUACCACCAGCACAAGUUUGUCCAGCAGCGAAACGGACGUAUCUACGUCCACAGAAAACCUCUCAAUGGAGGAACGAUAUGUACUGAGACAUACGGCCAGAGUUGAGCCACAGGGUCAGGAAAAUAUGCUGGAGAAUGUGCCAAUUGUGGCCAGUGAAAAUGCCCGAUUCUCCUCAAAUAACUCCAUGGAUUCUACAAGAUAUCCAUCCAGCAAUAGGAGCAUUUCAGAAACUAGAAAUCCCAUUUAUGUUCAGCAAGCCAGUCAACAGGUUCAGGCUAAUCAGAAUGGAGCAGGAAAUGGCAGUGGAAGUGGAUCCAAUAGGAAUUCACUUAAGGAAACCAAUUCAAAUCGCUCAUCAAUGGAUGUGAGCACUUGUUCUUACAACACAAUCAUCAUCCAUAAUGAUGACAGUUUGUACUCCCUCAAUGGCAGAGACUAUCCCAGUCCUCCACCAUCCAUUAUCAAGAAAGAUCGACCGAGGUCAUACGGUGAGCAGGGGAUCCAGGAGAUCACCCAAAUUCCCGAUGAUUACCUUAAUCAGAGCCAUGUGCUAAAGCAUUUGGCCAAAGAAAUUAAGAUUCCUGUCAAUCGACGUAGCAAUACAAGAGACUCUGGGGUGUCUGAGAAUACAGAUCCCAAGGAUCCGCCCAAAUAUGUUAAUUGGGGAGGUGGAGGCGAGGAUACGGGCAUGACAGUGGGAAAAGUGAAGAGUAAGAGUCAGCCGGAUCUGACGCGUCUCACGGACAUUGAUCUAGAGACAAUUGAGGCGCUGAUGAAGGAGAACUCUCUGCUGAAGCAGCAACUCAACACAUGCUACAUGAAAGUGGCCAAAACCCAAAAGCUCGAGGAAGAAGUAGCGAAUAUCUAUCGUGUUCAUGAAGAGUUGGUGCAAUCAUGUGAGCGUCGAGAGAAGCUGGAGAGAGCGGCUAGAACGCGUCUCCAGACUGAUUUACAGAGAGUUCAGGAACUCAAUAAAGCUCUGAAGGAUCAAGCGGAUAUUUUUCAAAGUCAACUAUUGGCGCCGUCUGAGCAUCAAAUACUCAUUGCUCAGCUUUUUACUCAAAACAAGGAAUUGACAGCGGCAAAGGAUAGGCAGGAAAUCGAACUUGCCGCCCAGAGAGCGACUCUGCAGGAGCAGAGAAAUCACAUUGGAAUUCUCGAUACGGCACUCACAAACACUCAACAUAAUAUGAGACGUCUGGAAGAAGAGCUGAGGAAGAAGCAGGGAUACAUUGAACGACUGACGCAAUUGCAUCAGCAAUCGAAGCAGCAGCAGCAGAAUGAGGAGAGAAGUAGGAGAUUUGUGUACGAAAAUGAAUUGAGCAAGGAUUCUAAUAGGAGUGGAAGCAGCACAAAUAGUGAGUCAAAGUGGCAGAUUCAGGACAAGGCUAACCAAAUCACCAGAUUGGAGAAUGAACAAAGGCAAUUGGAAGAGGCACAAUUGCGUCAAAAUGUGGCCAAAGCCAUGGAGAAAACGGCUCAGGAAACCGACAGGAUAAUUGCUGAGGCGAAGCAGGAUAAGAUGAGAUACCUUGAAGAAGUUCACACUGCCCAGAGGCGAGUGAAUGAGCUUCAGGCUCAUCUGAAAGUGCUUGAGAGUCGUUUGGCUGAGAAGGAUGCAGUACUGCGUGUCCUUCAGGGUCCUAAAGUAUGUGUGGCUUCUUUUGACUCCUACAAUCUGUCUACUGACAGUUUCGCCAUGAGUCCCCUGAGCUACAAUAGCCAAGGAUCGUUCAAUGUCUCAAAUACAUCCUUUCACACAGCCACAAAUACAUCAUCCCUGUUGGAUCCUUCUCCUUACAGUGGGAAUUCUGCUUCGAAUUUCUCACCCACUCCGUCGAUUUCUGCAGCAUACGGAGCAUCUCCGGUUACGGCUACGCCAACUCCAUACGGAAGUCAAACACCGACUCCGACUUACAAUCACCAGAGUGCAAUGAAUCUGCAAUCAAUGGGCAAUUAUUCGCCCAAUUCUAGCUCAAACUACAGUGGGGGCAAUUUUGAUGCUGCACAUGGAUACGGGCAGCAGGGUAGCACGUACGAAUCCAGUUACGAUGCCACGAGGAAUAGCAUUGAUGAUCACAUGAAGAAGCAACUGGAUGAGCAACUGAGCAAGCGAGGGCUUUGCUGCUUCCCCAGUUUGACAACAAAGAAGAUUACAAUUCAGCCUUUGCUGUCCGAUGAAGUGUCUGUGUUGUCCACAAAUAACAGCGAUGCUUUCCUUCAAAAACUCGCACAUAUAGAUCAGCGUGAACGAGAGCGUCAGGAGAAACAGCAGGAAGUGGCUAAGAACGAGGAGAUCGUUUUACUUGAGAAGCAGGGUAGAUGUUCACAGAAGAUGCGUAACAACACAAUGGGGAAUCUCGUGCAGGUGUCACAGAGUGUUGGUCAGAACAUGACGGACAUAAGCAAUAUCGGAGUCUCAUCCGCAUCAAAGGUGCCGAAGCUGGUGACAAAUCUCACGCAGAACAUUCUACCACCACGGAAGGAGCGUGGAUCAUCGCUACCGCCAACUGCAAGUGCCCUUCCAAGGCCUCCACGGGGCCUCAAGCCACCCAGAAAAAUUGAAUAUGAUCGUUUGAGUGAUUCUGAGUUGAAGAAACGCUCUCAAACACCUCCAAAACUCGCCCAGAGAGCCUAUGAUCUCAAGACGGCCAGUCUGAAGCGUGGAGACUUUUGUCCUCGACGUGAAUUUUCACCUGGGAAAACGUAUAUCGAGAUGAAGGAGUCUAUGGGAUUUAAGCAUAAGGACUACGGCUCUAUCCCAAGACCCACCUUCUCCAAACCUGACUUCACAUCAACUCGCAAUUAUCAGCGUCUAGAGGAGGCUUCACCACGCAAAGCAAGUCCUGCUGAAGCUUCUCUCAAACGCUCUCUUCUCCCGGCCGUCACCAGAAAGCCCACACCGACUGUCAAAAGUUCCCGGGACUCUUUGAACUCUGCCUCCAGUGGCUCGAAUAACUCCAAUCACUCUGCCACCAACUCCCGCUCUAGUCCCGUCCACACUGAUCCACCCUACCAUCCGCUCCAUUACCACGCUAAAACCCCUCCCAAGUACGUUUCACUCGGACCUAGACCUCUGGCACCACCGGUAAAGCCUCCUCCGCCUCUUCUCCAUCAUCCAGGACCUCAAGCCGCAUCCCUUCCCCCAAAACCCCAAGAACGGAGAGCUGGAAGUGUUACUCGUGGCGAAAAUCGUUACAGGAUUCAAUUCUAACAUCCUAAAGAGUGCCCGGUAUCUGAAGCUAGUAUGCAAUAAAGGUCAAGCCAUAGAUUUU